AAAGUGUAGCACUACACAGCUAUGAGCCAGUCCAUCCCACUCUUCAACACAACGUUGAAUCAGGGAGACCUGGAUUCACUCCUCAGCAACAUUCGCUCCACCGAGUUCAUCGCUGAAGUGACCUCGGGGGAAAUGCCGCCCGAAGAGUCAGGCCUGUGGGAUACAGUCCUUCCCGUGCCACCAUCUUCGGUGCCAGAGGGUGCCUCGACGGAGGCGCUCGUCGACUAUGCAGUUGACGAACUGGACGGAAAGAAGUGGAACUCGAAUGCCAUCGUCGUUGCGGAUGGAAAAACAUCAAAGGAUCAUAGUCUCCUCGUCGUCGAGGUUCGUAAGAAGAAGGAAAAGGGCCAACGCAUCGUUCACUCGCUCCGUGUGGCUCCCAACAGCCUCAUCGAGGUAUGCUCAAAUCUUGCCGUAUCCAAUAUGUCGCUGCAGGAGUACCGAGACAUGUGUCAGGGAGGUCCUGGUCCGGAUGUCAUCUUCGAUGCGGGGCAGUGAAGGCGACCUCUCAGGCGCUCAGGCGCGAAUGAAUGGAUGAACAACGAAAGAAAGAGAAAAGGGCUGAUAUUUUGGGCGAGAGCAUUCCUAGAUGAAAUGUCCUCUAUGAAGCAAUAAUACAUCAUUGGUCGUCGGCCCCAAGCUCGAGAUCCGGUCCGUACAGCUUGGCUGUGAAGAACGACGGGUCGAACCAGUAGACACGCACGUAGCCGUCCUCACCACCGCUGGCGUAGCACUUGCCGUUCGGCGAAAUCGCAAUCGUGUUAAGAGGACCAAAGUGAC